UUUUGUAAUCCACAUUUCGACUUCAACUUCACUCUAACUGCAGCUCCUUUCACUCUUCGUCCACAUUACAGAAACUGGAAUCAUGGGUUCUCGUUUCUGCUCAGAAUCAAUCAUCCGCCAUUAGAUGGGUUCCAGACUUGAACAGGCGCAGGUAUUCUUUGCAAUCUCUAUUAGGGUUUUGAACAACAAAUUUAGGGUUUAUUAGGGUUUUGAACAACAGAAUUUGGGGUUUAUUAGGGUUUAGGUUAUUCCGAAAGGAAUCCUUAUAACAAUGAAAGGUGAAGAAGUAGAUAUAAUCAGCAAAUUACCAGAUAACUUGAUUCAUGAAAUCCUCUCUUUUAUUGAUACGAAAUAUGCAGUACAAACUAGUGUUUUGUCCAAAAGAUGGAAAAAUAUUUGGGUCUCUCUCCCUUACAUAUCAGUAGAUUGGACUUCAUUUAAAAAAGACAUAAUAUAUGAUCUCGGUGAAACUUUGUGUAAGUUUCUAACUUUUGUCGACAAGGUAUUCGAGUUCCAUGAUGACUCUGAUAUACAGAGUAUUAAACUGGGGUGUGUCAUACUGGAUGCCAUUUCUGUAGAAGCUCUUAAUAGAUGGAUCCUUGCGGCCGUAAAUCAUAACGUUAAAGACCUGGAUAUAAGUGGUUCUUACUUACAUGACUCGGCAUAUGAGAUUCCUCAUCAAAUCCUUAAUUCUAUAUCAUUGAAGAGUUUGAUUAUUAUAUUGCUUGGGGACUGUUUUGGUGGUACAAAUAUUAUUCUACAGAAGUCAAUGAGUUUACCUCAAUUGAAAACACUGUGGCUUGCAGGAAUUUCUAUCUCUAAUUUAGACUUACAAAGGCUUUUCUCAAGCUGUCCACUGAUGGAAACAUUAUUUAUGCAAAAAUGUGAUGUACAAACAAGCAAUCAGAGGAAUAUCAUUAUUGAUUCUCACAGCCUUCAAAGGGUUAGACUAUUCGAGAAUCGUUAUACACAUCUUGGUUUGGCAGAUCAUACUUUUACUUGCACUACAAAGAUAUCUGCUCCAAAUCUCAUGGGAUUCAUGUGCACAGGCUUCAUGACUGAAGAUUGUCCCCUAGAAAACCUUUCUUCUCUAGGCUAUGCUCGAUUUGAUAUGAGAUUAACAAAAGAAGCGGAUGAAACUGCACAAACAUAUUUUGAGCUGCCCGCUGAGGAAAAAGAAGUGUUCGCUAGACGUAUGAUGAAAUUUGUAGGAGUGGUUCGUAGCGUGCGACACCUGACACUAUCAUCUGGGUUCCUUGAGAUUUUCUACCUACUCUUUCUCAAGGUUCUCUUACAAGCUCCUGGCAUAUUAGACCGCCAACCCCCUCAACUUUGCAACUUAGGAACUAUGAAGCUGGGAAUGAGGUUUACAAGAGGCUGCAUCCGCUCAAUUGCAUACUUACUCAAGAUCUCUCCUAUUAUAACUACUCUUAUCCUUGUAUCAGAGGAGGCGAACUUAGCAGACGUUGAAGAUGAUUGGGAUGCGGGAUUCCCAUUGACGUGCAUGUAUUCUCACCUCAAGUUUAUCGAGAUCAAAGGGGUGGAAGGAUGUGAUAAUGAACUCAAAUUUCUGAGGUUUGUGUUGAAAAACUCCAUGGUCUUGGAGAAAGUGAAUCUGUUCUUUCGGUCUACUAGUGACUCACUUGAUGGAGGAAGACAAAUAAGGAGAUUUAAGAGGAACCUAAGAGCAAUGCCAACAGCUUCUUCUAGUAUCAAAAUGAAUUUCCUUUAAUCUUUGAAGAUGCUGCUGCGAGCUUAGUUGAAUGAGACAUAUCAAGCUAUUUAAGGGUAAGGUAAGACCACUUCGAAUAGCUUAACAAUUUAGGUACAUAUAAGUUCUUUGUGUUUUUCGAACUACUUUUCGUGGAUGUUUCAGAAGUCACAAGUUUUCUUUGAGAAUCCAAACUAUACAACUCUUGUUAAAAAAGACACAAUCAUCCCUCAAACUGGGACAGGGUUUUACAUCUUAAGCCAGAUAGGAGGUUAAAUUCUUUUGAAGAUAUUUUCGAUCAGGUUAAAUUCUUUUGAAGAUAUUUUCAAUCAAUGGGAUACUAAUAACCUCGAUGAAUCUCCCUCUGUUCCAAACUGGACAAAAGUUGCAAUUGGUGUUUGUUGGAUCAUAUGGAAACGAAGAUUUUCUGUAGUUUUUGACAAUGAGAAGUUAGUUCUUGUUAAAGUUAUUAAGGACACCAGAUAUUUUAUAUUUUGUUAUGACAAACCAAGCCCUGGUGUAGUGAUGAACCUUACAAGAUCAGAGGCUAAACAAUGUGACAACUGUAUCAUUUUAGACAUUUCUUUUUCGAAUCAUUUCUUUUUGGAAUUUUGGAUUUCUUAUACAGGACUGAUCAAAGGUGCAGAGUCUAUUUCUGGAGUUGCUUUAGUUCAGAUUCUAUUGCAGCUGAAGCCAAGUCUAUGAUUGGAGCAACUGUUUGGGUUCAAAACCUCCAGCUUACCGAAGUUUUUCUUUGUCAGUGAUUGCAAAGCUCUGGUUGAUUUUGUAAAUGGGACUGCUAGUUCCAUUCAUUGGAGAAGUCUUAGCUUUUCUGAGUUUUCUCGCAGUGUUAAGUGGGACUGCUAGUUAUUCUGUAAAUGGGACUGCUAAUAACCUUGAUGAGUCUCCCUUUGUUCCAAACUGGACAAAAGUUGCAAUUAGUGUUUGCUGGAUCAUAUGGAAAUGAAAAUGUUCUAUAGUUUCUGACCGUGA